AUGGGCCGCCGCACCAGCAGGUCGUCAGCCACCCUCGCUGCGGCGGCGGCGGUGCUCGUCCUGGUGGCGGCCGCCGGCGGGGCCUCCGCUGCUACUGCUGCGGCGGCCCUGCAGUGCGCGCAGGUGGCGCAGCUCAUGGCGCCGUGCAUGCCCUACCUCACGGGGGCGCCCGGGAUGACGCCCUACGGCAUCUGCUGCAACAGCCUCGGCGUGCUCAACCAGCUCGCCGCCACGCCCGCCGACCGCGUCGCCGCCUGCAGCUGCGUCAAGGCCGCCGCCGGGGGCUUCCCGUCCGUCGACUUCGCCCGCGCCGCCGGCCUCCCCGCCACCUGCGGCCUCUCCAUCAGCUUCACCAUCUCCCCAAACAUGGACUGCACCCAGGUUACAGAGGAACCGUAAGAUGAACCGGACCCAACCAAGCACGCAUACAGCAGCCGGAGAAAUUGUCCAGGAAGCAUCUCAUUCUCGAUCAUCUACCCACGAAAUAAAAUAAGCAGAGAUACAACGAUCAAGAUCAGCGAUCUAUAUAUGCUUAUAAUUAUUGUGCAUCUCGUCCUGUUUUCUUUUCACUUCAAUUUGAUUCAUCUGUUUUCUGUGAGUUUUCGAUUCCGUGUGUUUUGAAAUUUGAACUACACUACUUUUGUGUGAUUUUCAAUCCAUCAUACUCGGACAGUCGCUACAGUGUGUGC